AUGGGCAGUGAAGGAGAAGCCAACUGGAUAAACUACUUCAUCUUCGUUGGCUUUAGGGUCAGCCCAGAACUCCAGAUCUUCCUCUUCCCUGUGUUCCUAGUGGCCUACUGUCUUGUGCUGGUUGGCAACGUUGGCAUGAUAGCCAUGAUCCAAGGGGACCUCUGGCUCCAUACUCCUAUGUACUUCUUCUUUCAGAACCUGUCUUUCAUUGACCUCUCUUACAUCUCUGCCAUCGCCCGUAAGACACUGACUAGCUUCUGGGACCAGCGUAAGUUCAUUUCCUUUGCGGGCUGUGCUUCCCAGUCCUUCCUGUUUACUACCUCCAUUGUGACCGAGGGCUUCGUCCUGGCGGCCAUGGCCUACGACAGACUGGUCACUAUCAGCUCACCACUCCUCUACUCCGCCUGCAUGUCUCGGUCCCUCUGCAUCCGGAUAGUGGUUGGCUCGUAUGCCUGUGGCUGUAUCAACUCCAUUCUCCAGUCUACCUUGACAUUCUCUGUGAGUUUCUGUGCCUCACGGGUCAUUGAACACUUCUACUGCGAUGUCCAGCCGCUCCAACGGAUCACAUGUUCUGACACCUCCGUCCAGGAGGCCAUGUCCUUUGUCACGGCCGCGGUCAUCAUCCCACCCACCGUCCUGGUUAUCCUGGGCUCUUACAUCUGCAUUGGCCCUGCCAUCCUGAAGAUCCACUCCUCUGAGGGGCGCAAGAAGGCUGUCUCCACCUGCGGCUCCCAUCUGGGAGUCGUGAGCCUCCUCUAUGGAACCGUGUCUUUCGUUUACCUCACCCCACUUUCAUCCCCUGAGUGUCGCAAGGUGGCUGCCAUGUGCUACACCCUCAUCAUCCCCAUGUUGAACCCCGUGAUAUAUUCCCUGAGGAACAAAGAUGUCAAGGAGGCCCUGAGAAGGAUCUUUGCAAAGAUAAUGACAUUAAUUAUGGAGGUCUUCCCUGAUUAG